AUGUACAUGUGCAGGUGGAUAUCUGCUGCAGACAACUGCACUUAUCAGAUGAUUUUAGACUAUCUCGGCUUGGACACGAAUGACUAUAACACGUCCCUGCGGCCUGUCAGUGACUUUAGAACCCCUACCAAAGUUCUGGCAGACCUGUACGUGUCCUCCAUCACAGAAGUGGGAUGCUUUAAUGAGUUUGCAAGGUGGAACUCAAAAGACUUCUGUGGAAUCACUUCUUUUUCACUUCCAAAAGAUAUGUUUUGGACUCCAGACAUUGGGAUCAUUGAUAGCAUCAAGACAGAAUUUGCAAUAAAGGAGUCUCCAUAUGUGCAGAUGCUUGAUUUAGGCAUAAUAGUCUCAUCUGCCACUUUAUCUGUGACCACUGCCUGUAAGAUGGACCUGCACAGGUUUCCCUUCGACAUCCAAAGCUGCACACUGACGCUUCAAUCGUCCGUUCAUUUCAUUCAUGAGCUGAUAAUUGAACCUUAUUCCAAUGCAUCAUCACUUACCUUCAACUCCCAGAAUGCCUUUCAGACCCAGGGAGAGUGGGAGCUCGUCAGUAUAAAUAUGUCUAAAUCCAUUAACACUGUUCUGUGGGAUAAACGAGAUCAGCUGAAAUAUCAGGUCACCAUAAAGAGGAGACCUCUACUGUAUGUCAUCAACUUCAUGUUGCCAGUGUUUUAUUUCCUUGUGCUGGAUGUGGCCUCCUUUUUCAUAAAUGUGGAGGGAGGAGAGAAGUUGAGCUUUAAAGUGACUUUACUCCUGGCUAUUUCUGUGUUGCUGCUCAUUCUCAAUGACAUGCUGCCCUCUACUGCUAAAGAUAUCCCACUGAUCGGGCUUUAUUGCAUUGUGGUUUUCACUUUCAUUGGCAUAAGCAUUCUGGAGACCAUAUUUGUGAAUUUUCUGAUGGAUAGAGGAGCUGAGACCAGAUCAACAGCACCACUGAAAACCACAGAUGCUAUUACUGACCAAAAUGACAGCACAAGAAACCCGGGGAGCCCUUUGGACACGCGUGUAGAUCAAAAUGAUGAGCAGUCGUGUUUUCACGACCUUCUGAAGCAGAUCCUCGGUAAACUGACAGAACAGCAAAGCAUGUGA